CAUACUCCAUAUCGUACCAAUAAUUCAAGGCAAUACAAGCAUGGCUUUGUCUCACAUGAUGAAACCAUAAAGAAGGUAGAUAAAGCAAAUCACCUUUGCGAACUGUCACCCGAAGUGUUGUCACAUUUUUAUACCCAGGAUAUCUAAAAUUAUGGACAAUCAAUUGUAAAAUCCAAGUAUUCAUCAAUUAUCUUCCAAGCAUCACACAACGAACCUCGCAUAAUCUGGAUUCAAGGGAUCGAUAGAUACCCAAGGCAAUACCGUACCAAUCGGUUCAAUCAACCAUCGACCAGGUUGAACUUCUCGAUAAUUCGCAGAGGGAUAAUUUUUAUAAGGAAUCCAUGGGAGAUCUGUUGGUGGAUGCAAAAGAAAUUCCUUCUCACCAGAUAUUACGCAGUAUAUGUUCUCGAUCGUCUCAAUUCUGACAGUAUUUGUAAACAAAGCUUUGCUUUCAAGUGAUGACAUCGACCUGGACGCACCUCUAUUUGUGACUUGGUUUCAAUGUGUAGUCAGUGCUGUAAUAUGCACAACUCUUAGUAAAUUGGCACAAUGGUAUCCUGAACAAAUAAAAUUUCCCAAAGGACAUCCGUAUUGUAAGGAUGUUAUUAAAAAGGUUCUUCCAUUAUCAGUGUUAUUCACAUUUAUGAUAGCAAGUAAUAAUCUUUGUUUAAAAUAUGUGGGCGUUGCAUUCUAUUAUGUGGGAAGAUCGCUUACUACAGUAUUCAAUGUCAUCCUGUCUUACUCUAUCCUUGGUCAGAAAACGUCGUUUGGUUGCAUAGCUUGCUGUGGUAUAAUUAUCGGUGGGUUUUGGUUAGGUGUUGACCAAGAGAAUGUUGCAGGUUCUUUGUCAAUCAUGGGUACAGUUUUUGGCAUUCUAGGAUCCCUGUCUCUAUCCCUGUACUCAAUUUACACUAAAAGAGUGCUUCCGUUGGUGAAUCAAGAAAUUUGGCUGUUAUCUUACUACAAUAAUGUUUACAGUGUCUUUCUUUUUAUCCCACUCAUGCUAGUCAGUGGAGAGUUUAGUGUUGUUUUUAAAUACAACAAGUUAUCCGAACCGUUUUUUUGGGGGGCCAUGAUUUUGGGAGGACUUUGCGGGUUUGCCAUUGGCUUUGUCACUGCGUUACAAAUUAAAGUGACUUCACCCCUAACUCAUAAUAUCAGUGGUACAGCAAAAGCUUGCGCACAAACCGUGAUGGCUACCUACUGGUUCAAUGAACAUAAACCGUGGCUAUGGUGGACGAGUAAUUUUAUCGUGCUGGGUGGCAGUGCAGGUUACGCUAGGUUAAAACAGCUAGAUAUGGAAACCAACCAUGAGCAUCGAAGGUAUACUCAACUCAAGGUAUGAUGGUAUAUUUUUAUAUAAAGAAUAUUCUGCCUUAUUAGGCUCAGCAAAUAGACAAUUCAAAUAUUUGAAAACAUCGGCCUAGUCAGUGUUCAGGCAAAAAGUUAUUCAAAAAUAGAUUUCUAGAUGACCAAAAAGAACAUUUUAUGUGGGAUAAAUUUUUUCAAUUUUGAUACAACCUAGCUAGAUUGCUUCAGGUCUUCAUGAUGUUUUUGAAGGGUUGUAAGAGUGACUCAUACAACUUAUAAACAGGAGAAUAGUAUUGUUCUUCAUUGUCAAAUAUUGUUUCAGUAUUCCUUAAUUCUACUUGAAACUCUCUCUAUUCCAAACAUACUUAGAAGAUGCUAUACCUAGACAAGAGCGUCUUUUUUAUGUAUUGGAACAAUGUCAAUCAGUAUGAAAUUCUAAUAAUUUUGACUGACCAAAACAAUCUCAGACACAGGCAUAUCCACAAAAGUGUAUGCAGAUAACACUUCGAUAAUAACUGUUAUUGUUUUAAUUAGGGUUAUUCAUUACUACAUGAUUAUAUCAACGUAUAAUAUACAAAAAAGUUAAGUACACAUUUUGUUUCUAAUAGAAAUACUAUGUCUAGAAUAAUAAAUUAUGUACUUUGUACAGUAUAUAAAAAUAUCAC